CGUAAAUAGAAUACGUAAGAUCACGUGCACACUUGCACAACUCCACAACUGUGACAUUGGAUCGGUCCGUGUCUUCACUCCGGUUUCAUAGAGCAUUUCUCAUCAUCAGUUUGGUCAACAUGGGAUCAGGUGUGUCUUCAGCUGGUGCUCCAACUGUCCGGGCAGAGGCUAUACAGGCAGUUCCUCCUGAGGGAUGUCCAAUGCACCAAGUCCAGCCUACCAAAGUAUCUCCACCUUCAGGAUGUCCCAUGCAUAAAACGCAGCCUUUCAAAGCAUCUUCUCUGGCAGAGGUUCCAAUGAGCAGGGCAGAGGCAGCUCCAUCCCACCAGGACCGAGCCUAUGAGUUUGUGGAGUGUCCAAUGAGAGCUGCAGAAGCCACUGAGUGUGACAUUGACCCAGCAAACAUGAUGCCUCCUCCAAACCAAACGGCAGCUCCAGAUCAGCCAUUUAACCUUUCCAUCUCCAGACAGGAAUCCAACAUUCCUCGUCAUGGCGCAGAAAAGAACUGGGUUUAUCCAUCAGAGCAGAUGUUCUGGAAUGCCAUGCUGCGGAAGGGGUUACUGGUGUAUUGUCAGUCUUAUCUUUAUGAUGCUGGAGUGCGGUGGAUCUUCUUUGCUGUUCAGGAGAUGUCAGGAUCAGCUUGUCAGCUCCUCACCUCAUGUCGAGCAGGAUGGCGCUGGCGGGAUGAUGACCUUGCUCCCCACGACAUGACAAACAUUAUUAAAAUACACAAUCAAAACAAUGAGCAGGCCUGGCAGGAGAUCCUUAAGUGGGAAGCCUUGCAUGCAUUUGAGUGUCCAUGUGGACCCACGUUGAAGAGGUUUGGUGGGAAGGCCAAAGAAUACUCUCCCAGGGCCCGUGUCCGCCAUUGGAUGGGCUACGAGCUCCCUUUUGACCGCCACGACUGGAUCGUUGACCGCUGUGGGAAGGAGGUGCGCUAUGUCAUCGACUACUAUGAUGGGGAACUGAACCGUGAAAACUACCAGUUCUCCAUCCUAGAUGUGCGUCCUGCCUUUGACUCUUUAGAUGCUGUGUGGGAUCGCAUGAAGGUGGCCUGGUGGCGUUGGACCUCCUAAAAGAUUCACAUGUGGAUGUCAUAGUCAUAUUUAAACAUGCAAAGUGUGGACAGGGAUAUGUUCUAUGUCUGCUCUUAGCUGUGUAAAAAAAACAUGGUUUAGUGAGAAAGAGUAAUGAUUACUUUCAAAUGUAAUGUAUAAGAAUGCAUGUUAAUUGAGUUUCAUUCUCUGAAGUUGAUGUGAUUAAAGUGUGUGCAUCUAAUCUUAGUUGAGUGUUUGUCUCGCAGGUCAGGAUUAGAGCACAGGACCAUGAGCACUGAUUUUGAGUGCAAUAUCAUCGGUAAUAGUGCUUUGUAUAGAUGACUCCACGAUUUAGCUGCGCAAUGGCUGAUGAGAGUAUAAUGUGGACAAACAUUUCCUGCAUUUAAUACACCACCUUUGCAGGUAAUACAGUGAUUUUUGUAAAAAUAUAAAAUGUGAACUUUUAAAAAUACAGUUUGAGAUGGAGGAGGUGAUUUUGACAGUGAAGGAUGUACCUGAAGCUUUCCUUGCCAGUGACCCAUCUGAAGGAUAAGGUGCUUUAUUUCUUCAUUAUACAUACAAAGUACAUAAAACGAAGUUCCGUAGAUCGGGUGGAAGGUUAGCCUGAGCUGUUGCAACUGAGCGCACCACCACUAAUGGCCGACCUGACCAGGUCUUUAGUGGUAGGGAAAACCGGAGCGCCAGCAGGAAACCUACCCCUAACACGGGAAGAAACAUGUCUUGCCCACAAAGGUCGACAUGUUAGAAAAUGGAUGGAUGGGUAACCUAGAAUAAUAAUUAUUCUAGGGUGGUUUUCAAAACACUGUAUCCCAUAUGCACCUGAAUUAAUUGACAGUGAGAAGUUUGAAAUAUGUAAAUCAAAUAGUAACACCACCAUAUUUGGUUUAUUGAUUUUGGCAAACCUUUAAUUAUUACAAUGACAGAUUAUGCCAAAACAUUUUUCAGUCUGUUUUUGGCCAAACUAACCACACAUCUGUAUAUUGUUAGUACAUGUAGAAAAUGUGCUAUUUUUUGCGUUUCCCUUUUUGCUUUUAAAUACAUUAGCUACUCUCACCAAACGGCAUCCAGUAGAAACCAUUUUUGAGGAAACAAGGCUGAGGCUUAGGUUGCUAGUUCUACUGAGAAGCUUUUACUUUGUCAGUCUUUCAUUAAAGCAUUCCUCAUAAAUUCUGGUGUUUGCUGCCUUCCUUGUAUCCAUCUCUUCAGCAGAGAAGCUAGCUCGCUUACCAAAAAAAGGCAGGAAUUUUUUAUUGUAGCCUGUCUUGAGAAAAGCAAAUCUUGUACCUUAAAUCCUUUGUCCACAAGCAAAACAUCUCCUUGUUUAAUGUAUUUUGAAUGCCACGUUGCUCAAAUAUCUGCAUAUCACCAACACUUUCCUUUUAACGGAUCAGACACAAAACAUGCAGCACCUUUAGGGGUAACUGCAAGCACUGGUGUGAUUGUGGUGUGUUGUUUGCUGUUCAUAAUCCCUAAAUGUCUGGCAAAAAUAAUUAUGUGCAGUCUACAGAACAUAUGACAUUUUUAAACUGCCUAAACACUCAGAAGUUUUGAUAUCUUUUGUUGGGAACAUAGGGACAUUAAUUGACUUGAAAUGUAAGAAAACCUGUAUCCAUGUGAUUGAAAUGUUGCCUCUAAUGAUUGAGAUAUGUCAAACAUGUAGGCAAUCAUUUUCAGUGAAAGACUUCUUCAGAGCCUCAGAAUUGUAAUACGAUUGUUUCCUCCUUUGGAAUAAGAUGCCUAGACAAACCAAUUUUCCCCCUACAUUUGCCUCAGUGGUUUUGCUGGUAUUUCCCCUGGAAUCUCAGUAUUUAAGGUUGUAUUUUCCUGUUCCAAGAAAUAUGUACAAUACUUCAAAGUAAAAAGUCCAAUUAAAACUUUUUUAUUCUUCCUGUAUUUAAAAACAGUACAUCCUUUUGGUACCUUCAGGCUUACUCAGCUCAUUUUGUAUUGCAGUAUCACUUCUCAUGAUAAUUGUUUCUAUUUUUGUUACAUUGUUAUGUUGCUUUGUCAUUUGUGCUAUUCGCAGAUGCACUCUCAGCCAUGGCUUUAACUGCAUCCUCAAAUGUAGUGGUGUCACUUUGUUCUGUUGAAAUUGAACUGAAGAUCUUUGUGAAA